AUGUCUAACGACCCCCCAUCUCCCGUAUCCUCACCACUUUCUUAUCUUGAACUCGUCAAGAUAUGCGACAAUUUUCGCCUACCACCUAACUUUGGCUCUAGUGAUGUCUUUCAAAAGCCUUCCGACACAGACUCAUUCGUGCCCUGGACACUAUCGCAAUCUCCAGGAAGUCCUGCUGUUGGGCUCUUGAGGCUUGACAUAGUAGAUCUCCUUCGAAAGGAGAAACCUGGGACAUGGGUCAUUCCAGAACCUCAGGCCGGGUACUGUGUCAGCUUUGAUGCGUCAGUCAAUACCCCGAGAAAGCGCACUGCAGUGCUGAAAGAGCUCUGUGAGCGCUGGCGCGAUACUGGUGCGUUCCCUGCGAGCAUCGGGCCCCGAAAAUGGCGGAACGAGAUGUUCCCUGUGUACCGGAAUCCCUUUGGAGUGCAUGAGUACUAUCCUGAGAAUGAUUCCGAUGAGGGAGAAGGAAACUACGCCUUUCAGAUGGAGCGUGCUGCGUGUGCUCUUUUUGGUGUCAUAACCUAUGGGGUACAUAUGACUAUCUAUCAAGGGAUAGCUAGCAGCCCACAAGUGAAGAUCUGGGUUCCGACGCGGGCGAGGACGAAGCAAACGUGGCCGAGCUGGUUGGAUAAUAGUGUUGCUGGCGGGAUACCCAGUGGCAUGCCUGUUUUCGAGAGCCUCGUCAAGGAGUGUGAGGAGGAGGCCAGUAUGGAAGCAGACAUUGUGAGGAAACAUGCGAAACCCGUCGGAGCAAUCAGCUAUUUCUUCAGAAACAGAAUGCACUUCUUGCAACCAGAGAUCAAAUACGUUUACGAUCUUGGGGUACCACAUGAUACUCCGUUCCAGCCCCGUCCAUUAGACGGCGAGGUGGAGUCUUUUGAUUUGCUAUCGCUGGAUGAAGUAAAAUCAAAGUUGAGGCAGGGAAUCUUCAAGCCCAAUUGCGCUGCCGUCCUCGUCGACUUCUUUGUCCGACACGGCCACUUGACACCCGAUGACGAGCCCGAUUAUAUGGAGAUCGUCUCAAGAUUACAUGCGAGAUUGGAAUAUGAAAGAUGGUGCCGACAAGUAUGA